AUGAAGUUGUCCGUGGUGCUGUUUGUAGCCGCGUCAUGCUUGCUUGCUGGCACGCAGGUGCAAGCUACAUACAAAGAUGGAAAAGGUACAACACAUUGGGAGCAGCAUGAGCUGGAUACGGCUAUUUCGCCUGAUGAGCGUGAGCGCUUGGUCGAAACCAUGGUCAAAGCUCAUCAGAUUGUGGAUAAGGAGCGUAGCAAGCAGCGUCGCUACUCCCCUAAGGACACGUAUGCGCCCGUAAACGUCCCGUGUCCCCCUAUGCCUGAAGGCGACAACUACGUCGGGUUUGUGCGCAACGCUACGAACCAGUCCUUGAACCCCAAUGAAGCCGCGUAUGUGAAACGCCACCGCCAAAACAACAAGAGGCGCUGGGCUGACUGGCUUAAGCGUGCUGGUAUGGAUGACAAUGGUGUUCCUGGCGGCGUGGACAGCUUUCUCAGCGACGAGAGGAACCAACCCAGGGUGGGUUUCGCCGCCAGCGGUGGUGGUUACCGAGCCAUGCUUGUGGCGCUGGGUGUAGCACAGGGCUUUGACGAACGCAACAAGACAGCCAUGGAUCGUGGUGUGGGUGGACUUUUGCAGCUCGCCGACUACUUCGCUGGUCUGUCGGGUGGCUCUUGGGCGACGGGCUCUAUGGCCAUCAACGACUGGCCUACGAUGCAGAGCCUCGUUGACGACAUUAUGGACUUGUCGUCGAACCUUAUCAAGCCGAGCCACGACAAGCUGUCGUUCUACAAAGACUUGUUCAAUGAUGUGUCUGACAAGAAAGAUGCUGGCUUCCCUGUCUCGAUCAGUGACUACUGGAGUCGUGCGCUAUCGUAUCAGCUGCUGAACAAGACGGACCAUAGUCCCAUGUUUGUCCACCACGGCCAGCGUACGACGUACUCGGAUAUUGUCAACACAACGAGCUUUAAGGAUGCAAGCUACCCUCUCCCCAUUGUUCUGAGUAUUGGCCGCCCCCCGAACGAGAUCAUGAUCAAUCCAAACGCGACGUACUUUGAGUUCACGCCCUUUGAGUUUGGUACGUGGCAGCCGUACCUGCAGGCUUUCUUCCCUGUCGGCUAUCUCGGCUCUGAUAUGCGGAACGGCAAGCAGAAUGCCAAAGACAAGUCGUGUGUGGCCAACUAUGACAACUUUGGCUACGUGGUCGGCACGUCCAGUACGCUAUUCAAUGGCGCUUACACGGCGUUCCUGGAAGGUAAUAAGACGGGUGUUUUGAACGAUAUUUUGAAGAAGAUCUUGGAAGAUACGGACAAGGGCUACAAUGAUGUGGCGCCUGUGCCGAAUCCUUUCAAGGGCUACCGUACGGACUCGAACGUGUUUUGGCAAGAAAAAUACAUCGAUUUGGUCGACGGUGGUGAGGCAAACCAGAACAUUCCCUUUGAACCGCUCUUGCAGCCCGCUCGUGAGCUGGACAUGAUUAUUGGUAUUGACGUCGGCUCGGACCAUGCUGGCUGGCCCAACGGCACGGAUCUCUGGGAGACGCAACGCCGUAUGCAGCUGGACGAGUUCUCGUACAUGGCGUUCCCCAAGGUGCCAGAGAUGAAGACGUUUGUAAACAGGGGAUACAACACGCGCCCCACGUUCUUUGGAUGCAACCCAAAGAACGCUACCAACGCUGACAAGGCGUCGCGCCCAGCGCCCUUGGUCGUGUAUCUCCCCAACUAUCCCUACACUUAUAUGACGAACGCAAGUACGUUUGAACUGGCCUACAACGUCGAGCAUCAACACCGCAUGCUCGACAACUCGGUGGAUAUCGCUACCAUGGGUGGUAACAUGUCCAACUGGCACGAGUGCCUGGCGUGUGCAUCCGUCUUGCGCUCGCUGCAGCGAAGCAACACCAAGGUUCCCAGCAAGUGUCAAAAGUGUCUCGACAUGUACUGCUGGGAUGGCACGGAAGACGAGUCUGAGCCGGGCAUGUACACGCCGCCUACGGGUGCGCCGGCGUUUGUUGCGUCGCACGGCAAGAAGAAUGUCAAGCCCCCGGUGACGGGCUCCAAUGACACCUCGGAAUCGACUAUUGGUGAGAUCAUGGGAUCCAAGGACGAUACGGGUAAUAGUGCUCCGAAGGCAGCGAUGAUGCCACUGGCUAUGAGUGCGGCUAUGGUGUGUGCUACUGUACUCACGAUGCUCAUGUAG